UUCUAUAUUUGGAUGUUGGCUGGGUUGCUUCAUUAAUUGGGGGAAGGGGUGUGCUAGGCUUGGAGUUGAGUUUUGGAAAGCCAACGCCAUGCAUAGGUAGUGGCAGGACGAGCCCUUUAUUUCAACCAUCAAACCCUGCCCCCAACUAGAUUCGUCCUUGCACUUAUAUCUAUUAUCCAACCCCAUCCUCCAUAUUAUAUCUACCUUUUUUCCACCCUCUUCAAUUCUCGAGAUGAAGAGAGAAAUGAAGAGAAAAUGGGAAGAGCCACGAGGAGGAAGCUUCAAUUCUCCGGCUGAUAUCGAGCUCCACCUCGAGUCUCCGUUACCUUUAGAGUGGCAACGAUGUCUUGACAUUCAGUCAGGGAAGAUACACUUCUACAACACGAAGACUCGAAAGAGAACGUCCAUGGAUCCAAGGAGCAAGUUGGAGACUAGCCCAGGUGGUGAUCCCUUGAGCUUGGACCUUGAGCUGAAUCUAAAUAGCCAAUCUAUGAGAAAUGGUGGUGAAUCAAAGAAGAAGAGCGAUGGGGCAUGGAAACAAGGACAUGGGUGUCCGCAGCAAGAGAUGAUAGCGAGGGUUUGCAUGCAGUGUCACUUAUUGGUAAUGGUAUUGAAGUCCUCACCGACAUGUCCCAACUGCAAAUUCAUACACCCAAUAGACCUGCAAACCCCUCCAACUACAACCUUGUUUAUAGCCUCUCGCUCUACUAACAAUAAUCAAACCCAGUCCUUAAAAGGUUUCCCAAACCCUAUUCAAAAUAAAGUCUAAGUGUGUGGCUAUUGAUUUAGUGAAUUAUGAGUAGGACCAGAGUUCACUUUAUGUUUUGGAAUAUAUGUAAUUAUAUAUGAAAAAUAAUUAAAUGUUUA